AUGGCUUUUUCUGCAGAAGCUGCGGCCUUUCAAGUUCAAGAAAGACUCAAAGCUUUAUAUCAUUUAGUUCAUGAAAUAGAACUUGAACGACAAAAAAAUGAAAAAAAUCUUAGUAGCAUAACAAAAAUUCAUGAUAAGUACAAUUCAGAUGACAAAUUAAUACCAUUACAGCAAAAACUCAAAAGUUUAUAUACUGCAGUGUCAGAUGCAGAACGUGAAGAGGAAUUAUUAAGAAAAGCUUUGGCCAAAGUGAAUGAAAUUAGAUCGAUAAGAAACGAAAGGAGAAUUCAAGCCAGAAAUGCUGGAAAUAAAGAAACAAUUAGAAGAGGUACACUUAUGAAAAUGUUACAAGGUUCUGCUCAAACCCUACCUUUGUGGGUAGGUAAACCAGAUGAAAAAGCACCUGCUCUCUGUGGAGCAGUUCCGGCUGAUGCAUUUUACAUUGCUAAGCCUGGUGAUAUGGUAGCAGCAUUAGUUAAAGGUGCUGAUGAAGAAGAAAAUUGGAUAUUAGCAGAAGUAGUACAGUUUAAUACUUCUUCAAACAAAUAUGAAGUUGAUGACAUAGAUGAAGAACAAAAAGAUAGACACAUAUUAAGCAAAAGAAGAGUGGUUCCAUUACCUUUGAUGCGUGCAAAUCCAGAAACAGAUCCUCAUGCUCUUUUUCCUAAGGGAUCAAUCGUAAUGGCAUUAUAUCCUCAAACUACUUGCUUUUAUAAAGCAGUCGUGAAUCAGCUUCCAACUACAAGUACAGAAGAAUAUGAAGUUUUAUUCGAAGAUCCAUCUUAUGCUGAUGGGUAUUCACCACCUUUGACGGUAGCUCAACGAUACGUCAUAGCUAUUAAAGAUAAAAAGACAAAAAAUGGCUUAUAG